ACUGACAGCGAAAUUCCUUGAAUGGAAUAUAUUUUUCAAAAGGUUCAUUGUAUAUAGAUGUGAAACAUAUAAAAUUAAUAUUUAAAAACACAAGUGUUUAAGAAAACUGAAUCAAUAAGAAUAAAUUAUUAAAGUGAAUCAAAGAAUGAAUAGAGUUCAAAAACUUUUUAAUCGCCAACAAGGCAUUGCAACUGAGUAUACCUAUGACUUUGCUCUACGUAGACUUUGUGUAGCAAAGGAAGACAGCUGGCGAGGAAUUUUACCGUCUAAUUACAGCUCAGAUUAUAAUCCAGAACCACCUAUAUUUUCUGCAAAAUUUUCAAAAUGUAAUAAUUUUAAGCACAUAUUAGCCAUUGCUAAUGAAGAUGGAAAGAUUGCAUUACAAGAUACUACAAAAAAGAACGAAGAACCAGAAGAACGUUCUCUUAAUGCUCCACAGUGUCAUUAUAAUGCUGUUUUUGAUUUGGAAUGGGCACCUGGAGAAAUGAAGUUUGUUUCUGCAUCAGGUGAUCACACAGCCAGCUUAUGGCAAGUAGAUGAGCAAGGAGAAAUUCGGAAUAUUCGAUCGUUUGUUGGUCAUACCCGGUCUGUGAAGACAGCAGCGUUCCGCAGACGUGAUCCAUCAGUCUUCGCAACUGGAGGAAGAGAUGGUGCAAUUAUUAUUUGGGAUACGCGUGCAAAUUUAAAUGUGGACUUAACGCCUCGUGCAGAUAACUGCAUUUAUAGUGGACAUGUUGGAGGGCCUGGAACCCCAGUAUCUCAUAGGAAACGAACACGAACACCCAAAAUGACGCCUAAUGCGACAUCCAGUAGCAUUACCGGUCUUGCAUUUCAGGACGCCAACACACUAAUAUCUUGCGGGGCUGGUGAUGGUGUUAUAAAAGUAUGGGAUCUACGGCGAAAUUAUACCGCAUAUAAGAAAGAACCUCAUCCAAAACAUAGUUUGCCAUAUGCUGGUUCCAGUACGUUUAAAGGUUUUACUAAUCUACUUGUUGACGAAUCGGGUUCGCGUUUAUUUGCUAACUGUAUGGAUAAUACAAUUUAUUCGUAUAACCUGUGUUCAUAUUCGUCUAAACCAUUGGCGGGCUACAAAGGCCUUCUGAAUAGUACUUUCUAUAUAAAAUCCUGCCUUAGUCCAGAUGGUAAAUAUUUGCUAAGUGGAAGUAGCGAUGAGAAAGCAUACAUAUGGAAUCUUAAUUAUCCUGAUGAACAAUUGGUUGCCUUGUGUGGUCAUACUGUAGAAGUAACAUGUGUUGCGUGGGGAUCUACUCACGAUUGUCCCAUUGUAACUUGCAGUGACGAUGCACGUCAUAAAAUUUGGCGCAUAGGCCCAGAAAAUAUAUCCGAUUUCGAUAAUGUGGAAUUAUAUCGGGGCCACGCCGAGUAUGUACGUCAGUUUGGUCGAAAGGCGCAUGGUUCUACACAUAAGUACAACUUGCGCGACCUCGAGAACACCCCACGUUCACUUAAGCGUAUAAUGGAACAAAAUGAACGAACUCCUAGUUCCGUCGAGAAGGUAUCAGCAAAACGCUCGUUUCUAGAAAUGUUGGGAGGGAUGGCUGGGGAAGAUGAUGGCGAAGUACAUGAACCCAAGCGACCAAAACCUUUUGAAACUAGAGGACGCCGUCUAUUUAGUCCUUCAAAGACGAAUAUGACAACCUCACUGAGCUCGACACCACCACAGACACGCUAUAUUAAUUUGCAACUUCUUCCGAUUCCUGAGGAGUCGUACACUUCUCCUACAAGUUCAACCACAAGCUGCACAGCGCAUACCCAUAGUAACGACAGCAACCAAGAAAAUACCGCUAAUUCUGCAACGCCAUAUAUUUCUUUAAAACAUACCUGCCCGACCAUACAAUCGCCACUUAGUGAGCGAGUCGUGACUGAAAACCAUAAUUCCAAUUUCACUUCACCAACUAACGCGACAACAUCCAAUAAUUCAAAUUCCCAACAACCACCUAUAUCUUCAAUGAUUUUUUCACCUACAUCAAAUCUGCCGAAUUAUGUGCUUAAUGGUGAAGCGCCACAUUUGGGCAUAAUGUCACCGAAACGCAAACACAAAGAGAAGAUAGACUGGUUAACAAAAAUACGGAAACAAAAAUUGAUGUCCUCUCGUAGUGCAACGCUGACCGAAAAAAUGAUAGAAGACUGCAAUGGAUCACAGUCUCCGAUAGCUUCUACGUCAUCACGACUACAAAAUUUGCGUACAUCGGACGCUAGUCCGCGCGUCAAUGUCACUCCACGACGACGUAAGUCGAGCGGAAAUCGUGACAUGCUUGGCCAUGACUCACCAUCGACGUCCCACCAUCAAGCUUCACAUCACCCAAAAACGCCAACGUCCAGCCGUCGCAACAGUGAGACUACAAUUUUGCGAUUUUUCAGCGUUCGCACACAACAACAAAGUGACACAACCGAGUCCGCAACACCUGCUGCAAGCGCUACAGAAAUUCUUGGAGACCUGCAACCUUUGACCAUAUCAGCUGCGAGCUCCAGUACGCUUGAUAGUGCCAACAGAAGUAUAGCUUAUAAUACGUCUACACACUCUCAAGCCACGACCAGCUGUAAAGAGUGACUAUACUAUUUAGGUAUAUUAUUUCCAUAUUUUUAGUUUCGCGCUUGCUAUUUUUGUAUUAAGUAUGUUAUCAUGGCAUGUGAAAUAUUGUGGAUACACCCAGACGUGAAUCCACCGUUAUUUACUUUUUAAAAAAGUUAUUAUAGUAUUUAAGAUUUAUUUUUCGCAUAAGUAGUUUUAAGUGUAACAGAUAGACUUUUCUAAAGUAAAAUAGAAAAUUUAAGACUUU